UUGACGUUACAAUUCGGUCGCCCAUUUGUAUCCGCCAUACUCUACAGCUACAGACUGUAGCACCCCGCAAUAAUACCGGUCAGCUCUGUUUUUGACAUUACGGUUACAGACGGAAAAAAUAAACAUUUUUUAUUCUCCAAAAAACCUGAAAAUAGGCUGCGUAUUUUAGAAAGUAUUAAACUAAAACAAAUUCCCGCGUGUAGUUCAGUUAGCAUGGCUUCUAAUCCAGUGGAGGAAUUGGAACUGCUGGAGCGAGUUUUGCUGCGGUUAGGAUGUGCCGACACGGAUGAACAGCUGCAGAACACCGUGAGCAAGUUUCUGACUCCGGUACUGAUUAAAAUUACGUCACCGCACGAGGGCGUCCGGAAGAAGGUGAUGGAAAUCCUAACCCAUAUUAACAAGCGUCUGAAGUCGCGUAAUCAGAUUCAGAUCCCCCUUGGUCCGCUGCUGCAGCAGUAUCAGCAGUCCAGCUCUUCGUUUUUGAUUAAUUUUGCCAUCAUUUACAUAACGAUGGGAUUUCCUCGUAUGACCAUAGAAGAGCAGACUGAAAUGGCCCCGCAACUUCUGAACUGCUUGGAGGGAAAACCAGAACCACAUCAAGACAAAAUUCUAAUGUUGGUUAUGCCGUUGCUGGGGGAAAUCAAAAUUCCCGAAAAUCCGGAAAACCGCGCCGAACUGUUGGGACUCUCUGGCAAGCCGCAUACUAAGCAGCAAUUUCUGUCGAUUCUGAUGGACCUGUUGCUGUUGCCCUACGGGACGACCCAGGACGGCGAAGUACCUCCGGGGAUGAGCACCUACACUUUCAGACGAGUAACCAGUGAAAAUUUGAAAGCCGAAGAGCUGGAGCAGCUCAAGAAGGGUAUUGUUCGGAUUCUGUGCGGAGGUAUUUUCCCAGAAACGGAAACAUUAGCUCACCUGAUUGUGGCUUCGGCGGACACGCGGUUUUCGGUGGCAACACCGGCUAUUGUUGAAUUGAAUAAGAUUUGCUCCUCACUGGACUGGACGGAUCCAAAGUUGUCAGCACCAUUGUAUACGCUGUUUUCUGGAAACGGUUCCAAAAUUCCCGAGCGUAAAACCAGCCCCGUAAGCACAAGGGUUCGACAAAAGUUAUUUCAGCAUUUGCUGAAGUGUCGAGGCAAUGGAAUUAUCACCGCUAAAGGUAUCCAGGUCAUAUUUGAGGCUCUUUUUGGUGAGAAUACGAACCAAAAGUGCAAGGUACUUGCGUUACAAUUUGCGGAAAAGCUGAUCACGAAUGGCCAGCCGGAUUUAAUAAAUAAGUUAUCGAAAGUUCUAUUAACUGGAAUCUCCAAGUUGGUUGGGAUUAGUUCGGAAGAAGUGAAUGAAGUUCAAAAUGCGGCGUAUAAUGCACUGGCCCAAUUGGCUAUUGUUUGCCCGGCAACAGUCAAUCAUGAUGUUCAACUGGUUGCAUCUUAUUUUGACCAUUUGUCGCAGGGACCUGUUGAAUUGCACUCAUCUAUUCGGGAAGCUUUAGUUGCUCUAGCGCAGGCAUUUGAUUGGCGAAAGCAACCCAAAGGUAGCGAAAGUGAAGCAACACUUCCCCAAGCAGAAAAGGAUCGUGCUAUGCUGGCAGCGGGACGAUUCGUUCCGAACUCCAAUCAGAUUUUGCUGCUCGGUUUGCUGGGUGAGAAAGCUGAAUCAAAGUUGACCAUAGUUCAGAAUGUGGCGUCUGUGUUUUUAACGACAUGCUUUCCCGAUUUCUACGUACCAUCAAGGUAUCUGCUGCUGAUCAUCUGUGGCGAAAGUUCCCAACUACGGGAAAUGAUGACUACCUAUCUGUAUGGUGUAUCGAAAAAAGACCAUUUGAAUUAUGGGUCUAUUUCGUCAUAUCAAAAUUAUAAGGAGGACGAAGCGGACCAUAAUCAGCCACAGAAUCCGUUUUCUGCUACAAACGAGCCAAAGCGAAUUGUGUUGCCGUGCUUCCGGGACAUGGUCGAAUAUGUGGCCACUAAAUCGGAACGUAAGACCGCAACGAUUUUAGAUCGUCCGGGAUAUGGAAAGAUUAAAUUGCCGUACAAUUUUGAUACCUAUAUUGAGAUUUUGGAUUAUUUGCGAAUUUGUCUGCUUUUCAAUGCUGGCGUUGACACUCACCCGGAUGAUGACAAAGAAAUGCUCAAAUUGACAGGAUUCCUGCAGAAGUUUGUGGCUGAUAGUGCCAAUGAAGAAGUUAUCCGCAAAUAUAACGAGUUGAUUCGUAGACUGGUCAUCGUUCGCAAAGGUACUACCGAGUUAACUUGCUUGUUCGACCUGGUUAACGGUAUACCGGAGUUUCUAGCAAAAGAAAACAAAGAUCUGCUAGGAACGCUGGGGUCAUCUUUGAAGGAAAUUUCCGAACCAACUCGAGCGUUAAUCGCUAAGGUUUACGGUGUUCUUUUGGCGUACAACAGUGACGAGAAAGAGCUGGAAACACAAAUCAAGGAGCUGCUAGCACUCACCAAUAAGUCGCUGGAAAAUCGCCACGGUUCGAUUCUAGCCGCAGCCAAUGCGGUUCAUCGUAAACUCAUUCUCACCCCCGAGUUGAAGGAUUGGAACAUUUUUAAAGAUCUAGUUUCACUUUUAAUCUCUCUGCUAAACGACCAACAGUCGCUACUGCAAUCGGCAGCAAUAAAAAGUUUGAGCCUAAUCGGAUCCACUUCGAAGUUGCCACUUGCUGCUUCCGAAGACGGCGGACAAGUUGACGAGAAAAUGGAAACCAAUCAACAGGAUCAGCAACCCAACACGAAGGAUAGUCUAUUUAAGGCCCUUCUGGCUUUGCUACAGAGCGGUCACACGAAAGCGAAAAUCCGCGAAGAUGUGGCACACUGUUUGGGUUAUCUGGCUGUGGGUGAUUCGGAGUUUUUCGCCAAAAGGCUUUUGGAUGCUAUGCUCGGGUUGCUGAAGAUGACCAAGGAUCCCGCGUUGAAUAUUGCCAUGGGGCAAUCUCUGGUGUAUACUAUUCAGGGGUUGUCGAGUGGCGUGCGGCAAGCUGAUCAGUGCGCGACCGGAAACGUUAGUGACGAGUUGCUCAGUUGGUUUUUGAUAGAGCUGGUUCGGAAGGUUAAUGAACCGCAUGCCUACCUGAAGCAGGCCUGUGCAAUCUGGUUGCUGGCGAUUGUGAAGAACUGCAGCAAACGUAAGCCGGUGGGUGAUAAUCGACAGAUUCUGCAACUAGCUUUUACGGAUUUGCUUUCGGAGGAUAAUGAGCUUGUUCAAGAUGUAGCCUCUCGUGGUUUGGGAAUAGUGUACUCCAUCUCUAGUAAUGAUAAUCAGGAGGAACUUUCUAAUUUAUUGCUGGAUCAGUUGGUUGGUGGCCGACGGCAGGUGCAGAAGGUUACCGAGGAUACCAAGCUGUUUGAGGAAGGAAUUCUUGGGAAGGCUCCUACAGGAGGAAACCUCACCACCUACAAGGAAUUGUGCAGUCUUGCAUCGGAUUUGAAUCAACCGGAAAUGAUCUAUCAGUUUAUGCAGCUGGCAAACCACAACGCCACUUGGAACAGCAAACUGGGGGCGGCCUUUGGACUGCAAUCAAUCUCCAAGUCAGCCAAACUGAAAAUGGAACCGUACCUGGGCAAGAUCGUACCACGUCUGUUCCGCUACAAGUACGACCCAACACCGAAGAUUCAGAAUUCGAUGAUCAGCAUUUGGGAUUCGGUGGUUAGCGAUAGUAAGGCGACGGUUGAAACGUAUUACUGGGACAUUCUGGAGGACGUUAGUCGCAAUCUGACCUCGCCGGAGUGGAGAACUCGCAUUGCGUGCUGUUUGGCCGUGCGUGAUUUGAUCAAACGAAAUGCCGGUUUGAAACUGCGCUCAGACGAGUUACAAGCGAAGAAGAAACCUACCGAUUCGGAGUCGUUAGAACCUAUGGAAGUAGAUGAGAAGGGGGUUUCGGAGCCAGAGCUGGUUUUCCUGUGGAGUCAGCUCUUCCGGGUGAUGGACGACAUAAACGAAGGCACCCGUUUGGCAGCCGAAGGGACGGCUGCAGCGCUCAGUAAAGUUUGCGUUGUUGCCGCGUCUAGCGACCGCAGUAAAUCGGGAUUGGGAGUCUCAAGUUCUAUUAUUCCACUGUUUUUAGAGACUGGCGUUACGCACACCGUACCGGAGAUUAGAAAGCUGAGCAUUAAAACGCUAUCGGAUUUAAUCGAUUCGGCAGGUUCAUUGAUUUUGUCUCAUCUAACAAGUUUGGUACCGUGUUUGCUGCGUGCUACCGGUGAGCUGGAUUCAGCAAAGUUGUCUUACCUCUCGACAAUGAUGGCCGGUCAAACGGGUACUCAAGAGGUGGUAGACUCGAUGAGAGCUGAAGCUGCUAAGCAGCACUACACUAUGGAAACUUUAUCAAAAUGCAUUAGGCAUAUUGAUUUUCAAACAUUGGAAAAGAUGACACCUGCAGUGCUGGAUGUACUUAAAACUGGCGUUAAUUUGGGAACGAAAGUUGCUUGCGCUCAUUUCAUUUGCCUGAUCAGUAUCCAACUUGGGUCGGAAAUGCAGCCACUGACAGGCAAGUAUUUGGGUGUUUGCUUCAGCGGGUUAUCCGAUCGCAAUGCGACGGUGCGGAAGUACUUUGCUUCCGCCAUCGGACACUUGAUGGGAACAGCCAAGGAGCAGUCGAUAGUUCGACUGUUUGCUAAACUACAGGAAUUGUAUUUCGAACAGCCCUCCAAUCGUGCCGUUCCGCUGACGAUUCAAGCUAUCAAUAAACGGCACCAGGAGAUACUGAAAGAUUAUUCAUCCAACGUGCUGCCCCUUAUGUUUUUCGCUAUGCACGGGGAAGUCACAGAGGAAAAUAAAUCCACUAACGAACUUUGGCAGGAGUUGUGGCACGAAAUUAACACCGGAGAUGCUGGGCUUCGAAUGAAUUUGCCGACAAUUCUGGAAAUUCUUGAGGGCAAGCUGAAUGACCCUUCAUGGCUGCUGAAAGCCCAGGCAGGAAACGCGAUCAGUACUUUAGCCACAAAGCUAAGCUCUAACUUAGAUGACGAAGUGAGGCUAAAGUUGAUUGAUUUAAUUCUGGCCAACGUGGCCGGUAGGACGUUUCAAGGAAAGGAAAAACUUCUACAGGCGUUGGCCAGCUUGUGUAAGAAUUUGAAGAAAGACACCAAUCACUACACUCGAAUCAUAGACGCUGUCAUGAAAGAAUGCCGCAAAGAAGAGCCUGUCUAUCGGACACAUGCUUUGAAAUCGUUGGGUAACAUAUUGGACGAGCUGAAGGAAGACCGGUUCGAGGAGGUUUACAAUAUGGUUUGGCAUUUGCUUGAUAAACAGGACCUCUCGGAUGGUGAUAAGGACGAUAAAGAGUUGGUGUCGUCAGAUGAAAAGAACAAGCAGAUGUUGAUUUUUGUGAACCUUAAAGAGACGGUUUGCGAAACGCUGGGAAAAGCUUGGCCCGAGCACUCGAUGGAAACGCAAGAACGUUAUCAGGUGCGGUUCGUUCAGAAAUGCGUUCAGUGUUUGAAGCUGAACACCAGACAGGUGCAGAUUUGUUUGCUACAAUCGUUGGGGAGGUUUUUGGAACGUUUGCACUUGCUAAAGAAGGAGCCGACAUCACCGCAGGUGGAGGCGAACAAGGAGAAAAAGGCUAAGGUCGAGGCCGAAAGUACGGAAGCUAUUUUGGAGAACAUCUGCAAGACGGUGCUGUCAGCGAUCGUUGAAGUGGCAGGAAUUCCCCAUACCGGGUUAAAGAAAGAAGCUCUGAACAUUAUGCUGAUCUUGAUUAAUAAGCUGAAGGCGAAGGAUUGCCCACCAAAGGUGGGUCCCGAGUUGGCAAUGGUACGGCAAACGUUUGAGCAGAUCUCCACGCUGCUUCAGAAGGAUGCUGCUCCGGAAAUUAAAUGUCGACUGAAGGAUAUUGAAGAUAAAUUGAAGUAAACGGCUGCCAUCGAGCGGUUAAGACUGUACUGUGCUGCUGCGCAGAAGUUAAUCUCAUAAAAGUUUGUUCCCCCAUUCGCCCCUUUCAUUCAGUGAACUUAACAACAGAAUAAAUUUCGUAAUUCAUGCCCAAGUUGCGUUGCAAGGUUUGUAAAUAU